AUGGAGGAGACUAAAGAACCUUUUGUUCUAGCGAAGGUCCGCGCCGUGUGCCGCCACUGGCCCAGCGUCGAGGCGCUGCCUCAUGCCGUGCAUCUCAUUCACACGUUCACAGAGAACAUUACUCCAUGGGCGCUGACCACUCUGCUGGAGCGCGGUGACUCAAGUCGGUUCUUCCAGGUGCUUCAGGCUGUGGACGAGAGCGUGAACCUCGUUCAUCACAAAAAAUUACGUCAAUACCGACUCGCAAUGUAUCUGAUCCCGAGCAAAAUGACGCUGGAACAAGGAAAUCCGGAGGCCAUGAAGGAGCUGUACAAGCGGUACCGUAACUCAGUGGAUGCUCGUACAAUCCAAGCCAUUGUCGAAACACCGGAACUACCAGUGCUCAAGUGA